AGCUUUUCCUCUCGAAUCAAUGUUCUUCCAUCGCUGCAUUUCAAUCAAAGCGGUUCCUGGAAAGUUCUCUCGGAUAAUUUCAACCUGCCCUUUACAUAUUUCUCCUCUCUGCGAUCGUUUCAAAAACAGCGAUUCGAAGUUGAAUUCGCGAGUAGCUAUCAAUUCACGUAUACGGCUAUACACAAGCGCAAUAUAUCGAAUCUACUUGACUACACUUACGUAGUAGUCAGUCUCGUGGAAGCGUCCAACCAUGGAAAAUAUAUCUGCUCUAACGAAGGCGGAAGAGGAUAUGAAAUACGCAACGAGAUUCGUGAAACCAAUUUUAGGCGUAGUUGGCGCGUGGCCUGUUUCAUCUUCCUCCUCUUCCUUCUCGAAAAUUUUAACAAGAAUAGAACAUAUCCUGACGUAUUUCUUGUUCCUCUUGCUAAUGGUGCCGACCCUUAUGCACGUGUUUCUGAAAGAGACAAAUAAUAAAAUUAGACUGAAGCUCAUGGGACCGAUUAUCAACUGUAGCAUGCAAUUUUGCGCAUAUACGAUCCUUCUGUGUCGUGCGAAUGAGAUCCAAAAUGGUUUGAACGUGAUAAAGCAGGAUUGGAUAACAGCCACGGAAGAGAACCGAUUGAUUUUCCGCUCGAAAGCGAAGAUCGCGAGAAGAGUGGUGUUAACCGUUGCGAUUACCAUGUACGGAGGUGGUUUGUGCUAUAGGACUGUUCUUCCUCUUCUUAAAGGAACUAUCGUCACUCCUGGCAAUGUUACUAUAAGACCAUUACCCUGUCCGAGUUAUUUCGUAAUUCUCGACGAACAAAAGUCUCCAAAUUACGAAAUAUUGUUUGUACUGCAAGUUAUGGCUGGAUUUGUUAUUUACGCAGUUAUUAGUGGCUCCUGCGGUCUUUCUGCUCUUUUUGUUCUGCAUGCGUGUAGCAUGCUGAGCAUCUUGGUGGACAAGAUGAAGGCUCUGGUGGAUACGAGGGACAUGUCUGACACGAUGGUCCAACGGAGGAUCAUGGAUAUCGUUGAACAUCAGACGAAGAUAAAAGGAUUUUUAAAGAACAUUGAAACGAUUACACAGUACGUUUGUUUGUCCGAAAUGAUUUGCGGCACCAGUCUGGUUUGUCUUGUAGGAUAUUAUAUCGUCAUGGAAUGGGAGAAUAAUAAUGCCACGGCGGUUUUGAUUUAUAGCACGAUACAAAUAUCGUGUACCUUUUCUGUCUUUAUUCUCUGUUAUAUCGGCCAACUUCUCGUAGACGAAAACCGCAUUGUUGGACAGGCAUCAUACAUGAUCAAUUGGUAUUAUCUUUCAAGGAAACAUAUGCGUUCUUUAAUACUAAUUAUCGCUAUGUCUAAUUACCCGAUGAAAUUGAUGGCUGGUAAGAUGGUCGAAAUGUCUCUAGCUACUUUCACCGACGUCAUGAAAAUGUCAAUGGGAUAUUUAAACAUUCUACGGAACGUCAUCUAGAGAUCUUAUUAAGAUACUCAUGAUACAUCGGCAAGAAAUACUGUACAUAUAUUCCCAAAAAUUACGAAUGAACGUAUCUUCGACAGUAACGCUGUUCUAGUUUUGGAAUAAAAAUUAAUCAGA